CCACAACGAGCCGGCCUGCGGGCAGGCCGAGCACAGACGCGCACUCGCACAUGAAAAGAAACCCGACAAAGCCAGUGCCACCGGAACUCGAGGAACUGAGACCGACGUGCGGAAUUCCUGUGCUUCACAAGAGAAUCAUCGGUGGCAACGAAGCCAAUCCCAACAAAUGGGCGUGGAUGGCUGCCCUCCUGAGAAGCGACACCGGCGAGCACUACUGCGGUGGAGCCCUCAUCAGCAACAGAUACGUCAUAACGGCAGCUCACUGCACAGAAGGGCUCAAAGCCGCCAACAUAACUGUCCGGUUGGGUGCCCACAACAUUCAAGAGCCAUCUGAAAACGUAAAAGACAUUGAGGUGUCCCGCAUUCGGGAGCACCCUGGCUUCCAAAAGGACACGUUCAUGAACGACAUCUCUGUACUGAGGCUCAAGCGUCCCGUCACGUUCAACGAGUACAUCCGGCCUGUUUGUCUACCCGAGCGUGGCGACGAAAGUUACUUUGGAAAGACCGCCAUCGCCACCGGCUGGGGGACGCAGACUUUCGGCGGACCUUACAGCGAGGUUCUACGUGAAGUCAAGCUCGUAAUAUGGAACAACACCGAAUGCGACAACCGGUUCAUCCAACCGAUCACGGAGGUGUUUCUCUGCGCUGGACCGAAGAGAAGGGAAGGUGACUCUUGUCAGGGAGACUCCGGCGGCCCGCUGAUGGUGCAAUCGAGGUCGAAACAGUGGACCUUAGUCGGCGUCAUUUCCUGGGGCAUCAAAUGCGGAGAGCCAGGAGUCCCUGGGAUCUACACUCGCAUACCUCAUUUCCUGGACUAUAUUUAUGAACACGCUGUUAAUCAAUGACCACCAACCUCACGCGCAUUUAAUAAACUCACUUCAUAGUCAA